AAAGGGACACAACAAUAAUGAGUAGAUGGGCCGAUAAAAUAGGAACGAAUGGAUCUCAAGGAGGUAACUCUCAGGGACAUUCUCAGGGAAACUCUCAAGGAAGGGGGAACCAAACAACAACCCACUCCAACUCACAAUCAUUGAAUGGAGAUCAUAAGAAAAAAUCACAAGUUACCAAAGAAGAAAGUUUUAAUUCAACAGAAAUUUUGGAAUAUCUUCAUAGAAAUUUCCAAAAACAUCUAGCAAAUUCAAAUACUCUGAUAGAUACUGUACUUUAUAAAUCACAAGAGGGGAAUUCUCAAUGGAAAACAAAGCCACCAUCCAAGAAAAUUAAUUCUAAAUAUAACCCAAGGACUGUGAUUAGACUGGACCAAAAGGCAAGUCUUGAUCUUUUAUUUGAAUUGAAUAGAUCGAUAUAUCAACAAUCCAAGGUUGAAGGCAACAAGAAUAGGACAUAGAGAACAGGUUAUAGAGUGUAUAUUAAUAG